AUGAAAUUAUCCCAAAACAGCACAGGGACCCAGGUGACUGAAUUCCUGAUGAUCUGCUUCCCAGGAAUGCAGGACACACAGCACUGGCUGUCUAUCGUCCUGGCUCCUCUCCUGGUUUUGGCUCUUGGGGCCAACUUUGUGUUAUUACUCACCAUUCAGCAAGAGGCAUCUCUGCAUGAGCCCAUGUACUACCUACUUGCCAUCCUCUCUGUGCUGGAUGUCAUCUUCUGCCUUACAGUCAUCCCCAAGGUGCUGCUCAUCUUUUGGUUCAACAUGAAGCCCAUCAGCUUUGCAGGCUGCUUCCUGCAGAUGUUCGUCAUGAACACGUUCCUUCCCAUGGAAUCCUCCACCUUUUUGGUCAUGGCCUAUGACCGCUAUGUAGCCAUCUGCCACCCUCUGCGCUACCCAUCCAUCAUCACGGACCAGUUCGUCAUUAAUGCCGCCAUCUUCAUUGUCUUACGCAAUCUGCUUGCCACGCUGCCCACUCCAGUUCUGGCUGCUAGGCUCGACUACUGUGCUAACAAUGUGGUGGAGAACUGCAUUUGUGCCAACAUUUCUGUGGCAAAGCUCUCCUGUGGGGACAUUCGCCUCAAUAAGCUCUACCAGUUUGUGAGUGUUUGGUGUCUAUUAGGUUCUGACCUGGUGCUCAUCUUGCUAUCUUACUGCUUUAUCCUGAGGGCUGUUACUCGUCUGCAGUCAGGGGGUGCAGCUACCAAGGCGCUGAGUACUUGUGGAUCCCAUCUCAUCCUUAUACUGUUUUUUUAUACACUGCUGCUGGUGUUUAUCUUCACAAACAAAGCAGGAAAAAAGGUACCAUCAGAGGUUCCCAUUCUUCUUAAUGUCCUCCACCACCUCAUCCCAGAGGACAAGAAUAAACUUUAA